GAAGUGCCCAAAAUAGCAAGCAAAGGAAUUGUAUACGUGCCUAUGUUUUUUUUCUGGAAAGGAGAAUCUGCAGCUUUAUAAUUUCAACAUCAGCCUAAACCGUCGUGAACCUAAAACAAUCAAAAGGGCCAGAAUCUGUUUAAAGAAUUUAUUCAAGGGCAGUGUGAGGGUAGACCAACCAAAAAACCAACUCCAAAGAAUGGAGGUCAGCCUUCAGAAGCAGGGAAGUUAAGAUUUCAUUUACUUAGGCAGACAGAGAAGUUUUUAGCUGGAUUACGUUAUCUAUACAAGGUUGGAGCAUAAUUACAGAAUUUGGUUACAAGCAGUGUUUUUUUGUGGGGUACAGCUAACAUUGUUUUACAGAGAGUUUAACACUCAUGAGUUGCUGUCAUAUGGUGACAUCGUUUGAGUCUCUCUAGUCAUUGAACAGAAAAAGAAAAAUCGAAUUAAAUUUAUAAUCUGAAGUUAUAUGUGACCCAUCACAUCUGUCAAGUUUUAAAAUGGGUUUUGUUUUGUUUUUUUGGUAGGGGGAGCGUCCAGCAGCUUUUAAAUGUUAAUUUUCACAUCAUGUGUUCCAAAAAUAAUUGGUUAGCCUAGGUCACUUCCACCCCCCAACGCUGUGAAUACAGUCUCUGUAGCAUUCGCUAUUUAAUGUCUUAUCUUCCCGAGCUAUUUGAGAAAUCGCUAGGUCGCCUUAAUACCGCAGUCGCCACUUUGCGGACUGGAGGGCGGAGUCUGCUUCGUUCUGAGGACUGCAUGGCUCCGCGCAGAGAGCUCCUGCUAGGCCUGCGAGUCCUGUUCUGAAUUCUUACCCUUAUUUAGUCCUUGUCACCACCCCCGCCGUGGGAACGGCCUGACGGCCACUCGUCAAAGCAAGUGGCUGCCGGCAGCUCUUGACCCGGAAUCGGAUCCUAGUCCCACCCCUUCUGCUCCAGGCUUCCUUCUGCAACAGGCGUGGGUCACGCUCUCCCUCGCUCUCUUUCUGCCGCCAUCUUGGUUCCGCGUUCUCUGAACAAAAUGCCCGGCGAAGCCACAGAAACCGUCCCUGCUACAGAGCAGGAGUUGCCGCAGCCCCAGGCUGAGACAGGGUCUGGAACAGAAUCUGACAGUGAUGAAUCAGUACCAGAGCUUGAAGAACAGGAUUCCACCCAGGCAACCACACAACAAGCCCAGCUGGCGGCAGCAGCUGAAAUUGAUGAAGAACCAGUCAGUAAAGCAAAACAGAGUCGGAGUGAAAAGAAGGCACGGAAGGCUAUGUCCAAACUGGGUCUUCGACAGGUUACAGGAGUUACUAGAGUCACUAUCCGGAAAUCUAAGAAUAUCCUCUUUGUCAUCACAAAACCAGAUGUCUACAAGAGCCCUGCUUCAGAUACUUACAUAGUUUUUGGGGAAGCCAAGAUCGAAGAUUUAUCCCAGCAAGCACAACUAGCAGCUGCUGAGAAAUUCAAAGUUCAAGGUGAAGCUGUCUCAAACAUUCAAGAAAACACACAGACUCCAACCGUACAAGAGGAGAGUGAAGAGGAAGAGGUCGAUGAAACAGGUGUAGAAGUUAAGGACAUAGAAUUGGUCAUGUCACAAGCAAAUGUGUCGAGAGCAAAGGCCGUCCGAGCCCUGAAGAACAACAGUAAUGAUAUUGUAAAUGCGAUUAUGGAAUUAACAAUGUAACCAUCUGAAAGCAACUUUUUUUGGUGUCUCAAAGGAGUAACUGCAGCUUGGUUUGAAAUUUGUACUGUUUCUAUCAUAAAUAAAGUUAUGGCUUCUUGUUGGAUGAACUCA